AUAAUAAUAACUCUUACAACAAUGACGGCCAAAAUGAGGCUGCCAAUGAAGGCGGUCCAUAUCUCCAGCUCCGCAAUCAGCAUCAGAAACGCGUUUCUUUUUGUUUUUUGAAUCUGUGUUUCUGUUGAGAAUCUAAACAAUCUCGCAAGGUCACAGUAAUUCAAAAAACAAAAGUUGACAAUGGGAGCGUACAGAGCCGACGACGAUUACGAUUACUUGUUUAAGGUGGUGCUGAUCGGGGACUCAGGCGUUGGCAAAUCGAAUCUCUUGUCUCGCUUUACGAGGAACGAGUUCAGCCUCGAAUCGAAAUCCACCAUUGGCGUCGAGUUUGCCACUCGCAGCAUUCACGUCGACGAUAAGGUCGUUAAGGCCCAGAUUUGGGACACCGCUGGCCAGGAAAGGAAAUUACUAGUUUAUGCGGUUAUACAGGAGCGUUCUCGUUCUUUCUUCAAACGAAGCUUUUAUGUCGAAUUAAUUUUCUGUUUUAGAUACCGUGCUAUUACAAGUGCAUAUUAUCGAGGCGCUGUUGGUGCUUUACUGGUCUAUGAUGGCACUCGUCAUGUCACAUUUGAAAAUGUGGAGAGAUGGCUGAAGGAACUUCGCGAUCACACUGAUUCCAACAUUGUUAUCAUGCUUGUUGGGAACAAGGCAGAUCUUCGUCACCUGCGAGCGGUUUCCACUGAAGAUGCCAAGGCUUUUGCUGAGCGAGAGAAUACCUUCUUCAUGGAAACAUCUGCUCUUGAGUCUUUGAAUGUUGAAAAUGCAUUCACAGAAGUGCUGACCCAGAUUUAUCGUGUCGUAAGCAGGAAAGCUCUUGAUGUUGGAGAAGACCCAGCAGCAUUGCCCAAAGGGCAGACAAUCAAUGUUGGAACCAAAGAUGAUGUAUCAGCUGUAAAAAAGGUUGGAUGCUGUUCCUCUUGAGUGUGGAGAACAUAGUUUAAGAAUAUUGUCUUUGAGACAGCCUAUGCCUUGUUCAUAUCUAUAUAGAAGUCGGUCUGCUUGACCAUCUGAGAUUGUAUGUCAACAAAUUCUUUAACUGCUUGAGCAUGGAAAGGCAUAUUUUAUUACUGUCUCCACCUUUAGGGUCUAAAACAUUAUAGUAGCUAUAUUUCAAUCUCUAAUUAAUUUGAUCAAUUUGCUCUACUAUC